CAUUCAGCCAUCUUCCCGUAAUGGGGGAAUGGACACAGCAUGGGUCAGGCGUAAAGAAUGUAAUAGUCUGAACUAAAGUUUUCCUAUAGGCUAGUCAUAUCUUAGGGAGUAGUAGGCUACAGCCCAUGACGCUGCUAAAACACGCCCGAGGACUUAGCGGGAGGUGACCUAACAAGCCUGGUAAGGUGCAGCGAGGCUUAACUGUAGGAUGUCAACGGGUGAAUUCAUUAGAGAGAUAAGUGUGUCGGGGAAAGGGAAAGCCAACUCCCCAGCUACUUUUCUUCCACAGAAGGAUUUUCGUAAGAAAGGCUUUCAGAGAAAAAGAAGGCUGUGGGACAUCAGGGAUGUGGAACAGAGGCUGAAAGGCAUACACCAGCAUGAUCUGAACCAUAAAAAUAAGCCUGGAAGCAAAUCCCUUGCACCGCUGCCACAGAGCAUCGAAAGGCCUGCAGAUACAGAACUGGACCGAAGUGGAACUGUACAAACCAAGGAGGACAACCCAGCUUUUCGCCCGGAUAAAACCCAACCGUCUCCUCCAACGUGCAGCUCUGUCCUUGGGUUUGGCCACACCUUAGCAGAACAAGCCCAGGCAGCGCCAGGCGGAACGUUCAGAGAAGAGACUCCUACAACAGCAAAAGACACAUUUAGUAACACAGAGGUGAAUAAAGAAGAGACUCCUCAAAAAAGUUUUGGCACUGAACGUGCGUUCUGCACAGCUAAGGAGGAAGUGACAACAUUGCAUUUGGAGAAUGAGAAAGCAACGUCAUGUCAAUCACAGAGUGCGUUUGGACCCCAUACCUCUCCUCUGGAUUUAAGAGAAGACAAGCACACUGUCAUUUUAAAGAGGCAAGGUGAAACAGGAUACCCUUAUGCACAAUACACGAAGAAAGUGAUACAAAUCAGGGUCACAGAGUUUACUGUUCCGGGCACUGUGAAAAAAGUAGGAAACCUAAAUCCAGAUGAACUGAAAAGUGAUUCCAGUGCAGAGUCCAACAGUGUGUGUCAACCAAUUUUAUGUAAGUUCUUGGACCAGACAGAGGAUAUCAUCUUUCCCCGUUCACAGAGUUUUGAUUCUGCUGCGACCCAUUUGCAGCCGGACCAGACUCGCUCCUCUCCAGACAUGCUGACAUCCUCUGUAGUGACUGCACUUGCCCCUAACUGGAGCGCCCGGUCCAGGAGACAGAGACCGGGUGCUGCAGAUGUAAAUCUAAACACCACAGAACAGGAAAUGCAGAGAAGAAGACAGGAAGUCCAUGCACCUUCAUCUCUCUUCGGCAGGGAUGUUCCCCAACAACCUUUCUUUGGAGACCCUAACCCUCGGAUUGGAGAUGUGUUUCCAGAGGCGAGCAAUAAGGAGAAUGCCCUGUCCAUGGCCGGCAGCUACUCCACUGGCACACCAAGCAAUCUGUUCAACUUGCGGAACAACAGACCAGUAAAGCGCCGUAUCUCGAGGGCCUUUUCAGCAGGGAUGGGUGGAGGAAAGACGGAUGCUAAAACAGAGGUUGGCCAUCCACUAACUUCCCCAGUGGAUACAGUAUUGAGACCUGUGUCUCCCCAUUCUUUGGACCUCCACUGGUCAAGGAGUGUUUGUCAACCAGGCCAGUUCUCCAGUAUCAACUCCCCUCCUGCCACUACUCGUCAACCAGGCCAGUUCUCCAGCAUCAACUCCCCUCCUGCCACUACCGGCAGCCUCCUGCUUUCCUUCAGAAAGACGAACAUGAGUUCCAAAAGUACAGGUUCACCCUCAGAGACACACCCCAUGACUUCAAACAGCUCCCUUAACCAAAAUAAAAAUGUGUCAAGGAUGUCUGAACCGAUGUCUUACGUGACAUUACAGAGGAACAGGGCAAAGUCACUCCUCAGUCCCGCUCCGCCCCUCUCUAGUCCGAUAAAUAAACCAAAGGGGACAUCUGAGUUCUUUCCCUUGUCAACCUCCUCUGAGGAAAAACAAUAUGAGAGUCUGAGGCCACAUCUGUUUCUUUACCCUGACUAUAAUAUUGAAAUACCUAGCUCACCUAACACAACUUCCAUUUCGGGCCGAGGGCAGGCAACUUCCUCGCCACAAUACAACAAACUGGAUGGUUUGAAAAACACGCCACUUAGUCCCACCCCUGGAUCCAUGCUCAGACGGCAACAUACAUUACAGGGAGAUAGUCUACUACAAAGUACACCCUCACACACGUCUAAUUUGAGGCGUACAAAUACUUUAAGUAAUGUGUCAGACCUUCUAAACAACAACAGAGUAGGAACCAUGUUAACUAACGACAGUGUAGGAAGAACAGCACCAAGAUACUCAUCGAGCAUUUACAGUGGAAUCCCUAGAGCAUCCCUUGCAUCAAGUAACCUGAACUCAUUAACUAGCUAUACAGAUGCAAGUUCACAAAAUGUAACCAAUAUCGACAGAUAUACUAGAUCAAAUAAUGAUGGAAUACAUCAAGCCAGGACGGUUGAUAUACCUACUAUGUGCAGAAGGUCAAGGAUGGCAUCCGCAGCUGAAAGUCCCCAAAUUGACUCCCCAGUAUCCCCAAGGGAAAAGUAUUCUUUAUGUCUGUCAACCAACCUUACUUCACCAUUGCCAUUAAGAAAUUCCACAAAUACAGCUACAGUGGUGCAACAGAGCUUGUUAAACGCCCCAAGGUCCCUAUCUAUCAGAGAGACAAACAUCACAGACACCUCACACCAUAUAUCCACUGCUGACAAAAAUCGCUCCCCAGUUGAGAGGGUUGCCGUAUCCCCUUCGUGGCAAAAGAAUGUGGAAGAUCUGGCCCCAGCUGAGAAGCUGUCUCAGUUGUCCCAGAGUCCAUCUGAGUCACCAGAUCCUCUGUCUCCGGCCGGAUCCAAACGUAAUAUCUGCGCUCCAACCACAUUCUCAUCUCUCAGGCUUAGCAGCCCUGCUUCACCAACCUCCCCAAUGCCACCUUCCUCGUUGUUCCAGUCGGAAAGAAGAGAGACUCCUCCCUUUCUACCAUCACAAGAGACCAUACAGCUGAAGCAGUUUGAAUCAAGCCCAGCACAUGCUCCAACCACAUCCUCAUCCGUCAAAUUUAGCAGCCCAGCUUCAGACACCUCACCUCCACCACCUUUUGCUUCGUUGCCCCAGUUGCAAAGAAGGGAAUCUCCUGUGCCUCCAUCAUUACAAGGGAAAAUCCUACCGCUGAAGCAGUUUGAAUCAAGCCCAGUGCAUCCUCCAACCACAUUCUCAUCCUUCAGGCUUAGCAGCCCAGCUUUAGAUACCUCACCUACACCCCCUUCUUCACUGCUACAGGCACAAAGAAGAGAGGCUCUUGUCUCUUCACCACCACAAGACAAGAACAUACAGCUAAGGAAGGGGUCUGAGUCCAGCUUAACACAUACACCCAGCCCAGUCUCAAAAUUUAGUUUUGAUCUUGGUACACAUGAGAGCCAGAGGUCCAGCUCAAAGACAGAUUCUACUGGGACCUCUGUACCUGGUUCUUCUAUCUCUGAAAAGAAUGACCGGUCCCCUAUGAGUCUCUCGCCUUAUGUCAGCCUCCUCUCUGCAAGACAGACAUCUAGUAGUGCCUCCUCUCCAUCGAAUCCCCGAAGCCUGAGGUCUGCCUCGUUUGAUGGCACAGCGAACACCUCAGAAAUGGUGUCCACCCUACAGCCACCAUAUUUGUCGGUGAAAUUAUCUCAGGAACAGCUGAACACUGUUGGCAAGCAGCCAUCGCAAGUGACACCACCGCUCAAAAAAUCUAUGUCAGUAGACACUCAGGGACUUGUUCAACCACACACCAACCAGCCUGUUUCAACCACUUCAAAAUACAUUUCAGAUUCCAAAGACACUAAGAGCACAUCUCCUAGAAUAACUUUAAGCCCCUCUGAAUCAACAGCGUCUGUCUCUGUUUUUGAAACACAGACUCGUAAACAACAUGACAAGAUGCCAGUUUUCAGAAGUGACAAUGUUGGCCACGUAUCUCCUACACAAACUGAGAAAAAGGGAUAUCAACGUAAUCAAUCAGAUAGUAGCAGUCAGAAUGUAGAUAAACACAAGAGCAAGGAUGUAUCAGAUUCACAAAGCCAAAAGUGGAGUUUGUUUUCCUCAAAGAACCAGAAAGACAGUGGCUCUAGUGGGACGGAAAUCAAACCACCGACACAAUUUUUUGAGAAAAACAAGAAAAAUUCUUUUGGCAACAGAAUGGACCAAAUGCUAGAUCGAUUGAAAUCAUUUACUGUCAAAUAUCUAGAUGGAGAGGCAAGUUUGAAAACAGAGGACACACCUUUGCAUCCGAACGCUUCCAGUAGUAGGUCGAGAAUACCAGGGAGCAGAGGGACAUUAGAGUCAUGUGAGCAGGCAGCAGAUAGAGACCUCCCCUCUGCCUCUGCUACCAGCCCUGUUCUGCUCAUACAAGACCAGAUAGCAACCAAACCACCCAAGGCACCAAAAAGGAAGGAAUCUGAGAUGUCAUUUCUCAAAGUACCGCAAUCAAUAGAGCACUCUAAAACAAAACCAGAGCAAAAACUAAAAAACAGGCAUGCCAACCAGUAUUCCACCCUUCCGGCCAACUGGAGAACUUCCAAAAUGUCUUCCAAUCCCAGCAGUCCCAUGGACUUUUAUUCAGAAGAUGUAAAAACUGACAGGAAUUUCUCUAGCACAAGUCAACCGAGGAGAAAAACGACAUCUUUGUGUGAACCACAGGAUGACCUUAGCAUUAGCAAUGCUUGGGAUGAAGAGGGACUGCUGCCUAGCAUAGAGCUAUACUCAGACAUUAAGUAUGGUUUGAACCACAAACGGUCUAUAUCUGUUAGUAGUGUACAGUCCAGUCGACCCUCAGGUACUGGUCGUAUCUCAAGGUCAAGCUCAAGGGCGAGCAGCGUCAGUGACCUCACAACUGCUGCUGAUCUCAUGACUUUGGAUGACUUUAUGACUCCGGAGGCCACAUUGACCCCACCACAUAGUGGCAAAACUAUAGCCCCCCAGAUACCGAAAAAUGAAUCACCUAACCGGGUCUGGAGCCCAGCUAGCCUGGAGAGAACGUCAUUCCCGUGGGAAAAUGAGUCUGACCCAACACCUCCGCCGUCUCCCACGUUUUCCCCCACUACAAGGCGUCUGUCCAGAGCUCCAAGCGCCUCUUCUCAGGGCAGUCGUUCCUCUCAUGAGAACGUGUCGCCCAGAGGGAACCUACCAUCCAAGAACUACACCUGCAAUUUGUCAGUGUUUGAGGAGUCAGAUUCUGACUCCACUACAACUGACGAUGAGUAUUAUCUGGACAAUGACAAUGGGGAAGAGACAGAGCUCUAGAUGGAGGUUUGAUAUGGGAUUGUCUCCCUGAAUGUAUCGUACACCUUCUAUUUCCACUGAAUGUUUGAUGGGCUAUUUAUUUGACAAGCUAUUUUAUAGGGUUAAAUUGAUUUUGUAUGUUGAGAUAAAAGUAAUAAAAUAUAUGAACUGUA